AUGAGUAAGAAUGGGUUUGGGAGCUAUGGCAGCAUUUCUGCCCCAGGUGGAGCCAGCGGAAGCAGUGACCCAGUGUCUCAGGGCAGGGUAGCUCUUGCUACUAAGUCCAUGGGAUCCAGGGCCCAAAUCCAGGCUAUUGUUCCUUGUGUAAACCAACUGCUCACCUCCACUCUGGUUGAUAACAUCUUCAAGACUAGAGGAAUCAAGAUUUCCCAAGUUUCUGUUGUGGGAAUAAUAAGGCAGGCAGAGAAGACUGCAAGUUUUUACAAGAUUUACGAUAGGACCAUUAAACCUAUCGAGGUCUGCCAGUGGGUUGGCAGAGAUAAAGCAAAGCAGGAGGUGACUCUGCUUCCAGUGGGAGUAUAUGCCAAAGUGUUUGGUAUCCUGGAAUGUUCUGCAGAGGUGAAGAGCCUUGAGAAGUUGAAAAUCCAUGUCCUCCAGGACAUGAAUGAGUACAGCACACACAUAAUCUAGAAACGGUCAACGUACAUGAUGCUGGAUAACACCUGCCAAGCGGGCUGUGGGCAAAGUGGCCCUGUUGAUCCAUCAGAAUGGGGUGAGGCCCAGAAGCACGGCGAGCACCACCCCAUUUUCGUCCAGAAUGAGGUGCUGCAUUUGAUUCAUGAGCUCCAGACCAAGCUUUGUGACCUGAGCAUCUGGACCGUCAAGCAAGCCAUUGAUUAUCUGACCGUGGACGGCCACAUCUACCCCACUGUGGAUGAAGAGCAUUUCAAAUCUGCUGAUUGA